AAGAAACUUAUAAUAAAAUCAAAGAUUUAAUCUCCCAACGGAAAAUCAGCCGAUUUAUCAAUGAAGCCACGGAGGAAAAACUAGCCCAAGAACAAAAGAAAACUAAAGACAAUUUUAAAAAACAAUUAAUCGCUGAUUACCAAGAUGCGGCUCAAGAUGAAGAAUUAAAUCAAGAACUAACGGACUGA